AUCGUCAACGGAAAUGACUCACCACCAUGCAGCUGGCCGUGGCAGGUGUCGCUUCAGCGUGUCGGGAAACAUUACUGUGGUGGAUCGCUGAUCAGUCCAAAUUUUGUGGUGACUGCGGCUCAUUGCAUUGAGUCGUAUCAAUACAACUUCGACUUCAUCGACAUCGUCUUGGGAGCGACUAAGCUGUCCGCCAAAGAGAAUAUGCAGAUGAAACGAAAGAUAAAGCGCUUGGUUCUCCAUAAUCACAUCUUCCACGAGAAGAACGACAUAGCGAUCAUACAGCUAGAUCGAUCCGUCAACUACACCGACUGCAUACGACCAAUUUGCCUACCGGAGCAGGACGAAGUCUUUACCAGAAGCGAUCUCUGCUACGCUGUCGGAUGGGGCAUGAAAGCGUGGGACACAACCUUUUCCAACCGGUUACAAGAAGCCAAGAUGACGCUAUGGGAUACCCAGAAAUGUAACUCAUCAAUAGCUUGGAACGGUGCUGUCGGUGACACCUUCCUCUGUGCCGGUUACUACUCCGGAUUCAUCUCCACCUGCAGCGGUGAUAGUGGAGGAUCUUUGGUGUGUCAGGCCAAUGAUAGGCACUGGAAGCUGGUUGGAAUCUCAAGUUAUGUGGCUAAAGGAUGCAACGUACCAGAACGGCCAGUGGUCUUCUCGGAUGCCAAGUUCUUCACCCCGUGGAUCCAGAACCAUACA